AUGCUAUUCUCCGUACUCGUUUUGACGGGCCUUAUGGCCAGCACGGCCAUGGCGGCCUCGCUUACGUACGUCUAUAAGCCGGACAAUGUGGUUGAGAACCCGCCGCUAGUAGUUGUUAUCCAUUCGUGCCAGUCGUCAGCGCAGUCGUACUUCCAAAACAGCGCGAUUCCGUGGCGCCAGGGUUCCGACAAAAAGGGCUACAUCACCGUCUGGCCAUCCUCUCCUAACAGCGGUACUUGCUGGGAUGUAUCAUCUAAGCAGUCCUUGAGUCAUCUUGGUGGUGGUGACUCCCAAGCCAUCGCAAACAUGAUCUUAUACGCUAUCUCCGAGUACAAGGUUGACCCCGAACGGGUCUACGUCACCGGCGGCAGCAGCGGUGCUAUGAUGUCCAACGUACUUGCUGCCACGUACCCGGAGCUUAUCAAAGCCGUGUCCCUGUACAGCGGCGUGGCCGCAGGAUGUUUUGUCAGCUCGUCCGGCGGUGUCGACCAAUGGAAUAACAGCUGCAGUGGCGGACAAUCGCAAGCCACUCCCGAGAAGUGGAAGCAGGUAGUGUUGGACAUGUACCCCGGAUAUGACGGACCGAGACCCAAGAUGCAGAUCUGGCACGGUAGCGCCGACGGCACAUUGGCGCCGCAGAACUAUCAGGAGGAGAUCAAGCAGUGGACUGCCGUCUUCAACGUCAGCCAGGAACCUACGGAAUCCGUGCAAAACUCCCCCAAGCAGGGAUAUACAACGAACAACUUUGGUGACUCUGUCCAGGGUAUCUACGCACAAGGUGUAGGUCACAGCGUGCCGUCCAAUCUGACAGCUAGUGAGAUAUGGUUCGGGUUGUGA